GGUCAAAUUACACUGAACGCUGAUAACAACCUGUUUGGCUACAGCAGUUGCUCAAUUGCGUGCAUUUGGUCUAAGAAACUCGGUCACGACUCUGGAGAGUAAAAUGUCGAAAAAGGUCGCUGUAGUCACAGGAGCAAACAAAGGCAUCGGCCUCGCUAUAGUGAGAGGGCUCUGUAAGGCAGGAUACAGCGGGGAUGUGCUUCUCACUGCCCGCAACGAAAAGCUGGGGCUCGAGGCUGUGGAGCUGCUGAAAAGAGAGGGUUAUAAAAAUGUAGUCUUUCACCAGCUCGACAUCUGCGACCAGACCAGCAGUUUGGCGCUAAAGACGUUUUUGGAGAAAAGCUACGGAGGCCUGGAUGUGCUCGUUAACAACGCGGGGAUCGCAUUCAAAGUAAAUGCACCAGAGCCAUUUGGGGAGCAGGCUGAAGUCACCAUGCGCACCAACUUUUGGGGAACACUGUGGGUGUGCCAUGCUCUCUUCCCUCUGCUGAGGCCCAAUGCCCGCGUGGUUAAUGUAUCCAGCUUCGUCAGCAAGCGGUCAUUGAAUGAAUGCAGUCCUGAACUGCAGGCGAAGUUGAGAAGCACAGAGAUUUCAGAGGAGGAACUCUGUCUGCUGAUGGGGGAGUUUGUUGUUGCUGCGCAGAAUGGAGAUCAUAAGACUCAGGGAUGGCCAGGAACUGCUUAUGGCUCCUCCAAGAUCGGUGUGACGGUGCUUUCAAGGAUUCAGGCUCGUGUUCUUAAUGAGACAAGACCUAGUGAUGGAAUCCUCCUCAAUGCUUGUUGUCCAGGCUGGGUCAGAACAGACAUGGCUGGACCGAAUGCCCCAAAGAGCCCAGAGGAAGGAGCUGAAACUCCUGUCUACCUGGCUUUGCUGCCAGAGGGAGCCAAAGAGCCACAUGGGCAGUUGGUUUGGGACAAAACAGUGCAGGAGUGGUAGCAAAUGAGAAAAAUGUAGUAACAGUUCUUCAGGAGUAUUAAACUGGCCAAAAUAACAAUACAUGUACAUAGCUGUAAUGUCUAGACACAGCAGGUGUAAAUUUCCUAGCCUCCAAACAGUAUAUAUUCACUGGUGGUGUUACAGUACAUUUCCACCAUUACAGUCAUUAGUAACACCAGCAGUUUCUUUACUGUAAUAUACUUCUCUAGAAAUCUUUUUAAUUAUUUCAUACAGAAUCAGAAAUGUUUUUUAACUUUGACAAAUAGCAUUUCUAACAUAAAAAAAUAUGGUUAUCUGUAAGAUGAGAUCCUUACGCAUGUUAGGCUGUAGGUUGUAACAGAAUUAUUGGCCAGAGCUUAUGGAAAACCCUGUAUUACUCUAGAUUUCAAGUAUCCCAGAAAUAAACAACUGUAUAAACUCAAAAA